ACGCUCCUACCGCAACAAAUCCAGCUCUCGUUUAAUCUGGGCAGUGAUUCUUUGCCUUUCAGCGAUAAAGAGGAUCAAGGGAAUGACGGGAAGGUCCAGCACGAGACGGACGGGCCUGUGUCUGUUGGCACUGUUGUUGUCCUGCCUCUCCAGCGGCGUUCUCGUCGUUGGAGAGCCGGAGCCGAUCCCCUCGGAGCUUCUCUACAGCAAAAGCUUUAUCAACAACGCCGAGAAUCUCAUACUGCUCAAUAAGCUGAACCAAGUGAUCGAGGAGAAGGAGGACAUAACCGAGCGAGAAAAGGCGUUGGACGACGUACAAAGGAUGAUCGAAUCGGUGCUAAGAGCGAGAACGAAGGACAAUUACUCGGACGAGGAGAUACCAGUGCCACCGAAUCCACCAAACAGACUGGCGCCACGCUCUGGCAAACGUACCGCGAUAAGCUGUGAGUAUCGCUUUUUUUUUUUAUCUGCCCAAAUC